AUGGGAAUUGCAGAGCUCGUAGGUGAUAAUCCAAGCGAUGAAAGUUCUAGAACUUUUGUUUUCGAUGGCGAGGGACAUACAUUGGGUAACGCUCUAAGAAGUGUAAUUUCAAGAUAUUCUGAAGUAACAUUUUGCGGUUAUACAAUUCCACAUCCAUCAGAAGAAAAAAUAAAUUUUAGAAUACAAACAUCUGGAGCAAGAGCUGUUGACAUAUUAAAAAAAGGAUUGACUGAUCUUGAAGAACAUUGCGAAUAUAUAAUGAAUGUAUUUAGCCAAGAAGUUGAAAACUACAAAGCCAUACAUGACAGUUAA